GUCGUGCUUGCCGCGCAACACACGCAUGGCGCGCGUGCGUGCCGCGGCUGCCGCCCGACCGUUUGUUUUUCCGAUUGGUUCGGACGGUCGGCGCACGCGCACGGCGUGAGUGCGACCGGGAAUUACAGGGAGGUUAUUUUGGACACGACGAGCGGCCGAUGUAGCGCCGUCCGUAACACGACACGGACAAUACGAAGACGACGCGCGAAGCGGAACAGCUGACGUCUCGGCGGUACCAAUCCACGCACGUCGUAGAGAAUUCUGUGAUAAACAGAUAACGGCGGCGGCGUGCAGAUAAGCGACGUGUGAAAAUCCCGUAAAACCUUAGAAUCUUGGAUCAUAAUAUUGUUAUUUGUUAUUCUACUGCUCACGUUUUCGCUUUUCCAACAGUCUCUUUCCUCUGUCGUUCACUUCCUCAUUCCAUUGUAGGUACUGUUUUCCCCCUUAUAAUUAAUAGAAAACGAACAAUUCGUCUUUUUUUUUUUUUUUCUGACCCGUUUUCGUUUUCCCGGAGUGUAGAUUUUAUUCCGUUACCUACCGACGAGACAAAGAAACACUUGUUAUUAUGUAGGACUCGUACAACCAGUAUAAUUGUAUAAACACUCUUAUAGAUGUUUUUGCGUACCCUAUGAUCGUAUCAAAAAAAAAGAAGAAAAAAAACAUCUUGCGUUCACCGACCGAUUGUCAAAUUUAUUAUCUGAUGGGUAACUUUUGCUAGACAAAGACUAGGCGCAAUGAACAUCGGCCGAACCAAUCCACACGGCAACGGGUUGCUGUUUGCCGGCUUCAAUCAAGAUCAAGGUAUCUUUAAUUUUUGAUGGAUCUGUUUUUCUCUGAACUGUAUCUAUGUAACACCAUAUACUUGGUUUUCUCCAAUUCAUGAAUGAACUUCAAAAAUGAUUUUCAUUUCAGAUAACUACUAAAGUAAAUAAAUAUAGUAAAUUAAAAAUGUAUGUAUAAAAAUAAAAUUAAUAAAUGCGUCGCCUGGAGUAAUAUGAUAAGUGUAUUAUACAACCGGUUUUGAAUUAAAUAUUCAUCAUUAGGUAUAUUGCAGUCAAAAUGUAAAACAUGAUUCAUAUUUUUACACACAUGGUUUUACAUUAUGACUGUGAAUUAGCUGAUGAUGAAUUUUUAAUUCAAAACCGGUUGUAUAAUACACUUAUCAUAUUACUCCAGGCGGCUCAUUUAUUAAUUUAUUUUAUUUUUAUAUUUAUUUAUUAUAUCUAUUUACUUUGUUAUUUUAUUAGACUACUAGUAUUAUUCUUAUGUUUAUAUAAUGUAUGAAUUAAUUCAAAUUUUGUAUUUAAUUAUAAUUCAUAGAAUGGGUUAAAUAUAGUAAAUUUCCCAUUUCAUGAAUUGAGCAAAAUUAGUAAUACACAAAUAUGUUUAAUAUUUAUAAUUGUUAAAACAUUAUUUUUAAUAAAUUAUGCAUUUUUAUAAAUGUUUUAUUAUUAUUAUAACCUAAUUAUUCAUGUAUUAUUUUAAGUGAAUUUAAUAAAAAUAUUAAAUAAUUAUUAAUAACUAAUAACUAAAUAUAGUUAAAUGUUGACCAUUUCAUGGAAUAGGCAAAAAAUUGCCCAUUUUGUUAAUUAGACAAAUUUUAUUUACCUCUUGGGUGUAACAUCUACUUGUAAAAAUGAGGUCAGUAAGUAAUAAUUAUUUGAGUAAUCAUUUCUAAUGUCAAUUUGAUCAUGAUUAUUAUUUUAAUUUAUGAUUUUGUGUAUUAUAAAUCAUGAUUACUUAUGACCACAAUUAAAGAUCUAAUGAAUAAAAUAAAUGAGUACCUAUGUAUUUUUGAUUCUUUUUAAAUAUAAAUUAUCAAAUUGUAUUGUAAUCAUAAUAAUGGUUUCUACUUGCAAAUGGGUAUUUUUUUUUAAAUUUUAGCUUUAUAACUCAUUUAAAUACAUUUAAAUUUUAUAUUAGUAAACAACAAUUUUAGUUUUUAUUUAUCCUUUCUUUAGUAGGGUAGAUUUUUUUCUUAAAAAAAAAAAAAAUAUAAGUAUACCUAGGUACUUAUCAGAUAAAAUAUUUUUAAAUUAUAAAGAACACGUCAAAAGUAUACUUCUAGAAUCCAAAAAUAUAAAAUCUAAUGGAAUGUAUAUUGCCAAAACGUAUAAUUCUGGCAUUCCCACCCGACCAUUUCUAUCAACUUAGAUAACUUAAUUAUUUAUAUUAACAUAAUUAUUUAUUUAAAUUCUAGAUAAAUAUUUUCUAAAUAAAUACGGUUUUUAGAUUCCAGAGAAAUACACUCUGGCAAUAUACAUUAUGAACUUUCAGGAUUUUUCCUAUUUCUGAAUUCCGAAAAUUAUAUUUAUGGACAAAUACAGUUUAUGAUAUUUAAAUUCUUGAGAAAUAUAUUCUGGAAGAAUACUUUCCAGGAUUAUCUAGGUAUAUACUUACUAAAAAACACACUUCUGACGUAUAAAGCCCUCUAUAAUAGAUUCAUAUCCAAAACAAAAAUUCAUAAUUCAUAAAUUAUCAGAAAAUUUUUUUUUUUUUUUUGCUCAUUCCGGGCCUUGUAGGUCUAUCACCGCUUCCACUAUACCUUUUCAUAUGUAACUGUCCAUAGCCAGUCGUUUUCCAUCUCAUAUUGCCAAAAGCCUGAGGUUUUUCCCAACUCAGUCCUAUCAGAAAACUGUUAAAAAUUACAGAAAAACCAACUUCCGCAUAGAUAACAAUAACUGAAUAAUAUUCUUUUAUUCAAAUCUUAAAUAAUGUUUUUUGUUUUUGGACUUUUCUAGAUGAAAUGAUCAAGGGUUAAAAUAUUAAAAUAUGUUAAACCAUUAUUAAAUAUCAAUAGCCGUUUUUCAACUUUAAAAACUUAAAAUAGUAUCAAAUUUUACUUACAGAAAACUGCUUUUAUUUUUUUGUUUCAGUUUUUAUUUGAUAUCAUCAUUACCCAUCUUUCUUGUAUUUAUUUAAUUUUUUUUUUUAUAUUAUAUAUCUAUCUGAUAAUUAAUAAUAUGUACUUAUUGUACUUAUUUAUAAAUAUAUUGCAAAAAAAGUAUUUUUAAUUUAGCUGUAUUUGUUUUUAGGUUGUUUUGCGUGUGGAAUGGAUAAAGGUUUCAGAGUUUAUAAUUGUGAUCCAUUAAAAGAAAAAGUGAGGCAGGACUUUCCUGAUGGUGGCCUUGCCUUUGUAGAAAUGUUAUUUCGGUGUAACUAUUUAGCGAUGGUUGGUGGAGGCACAUCGCCAAAAUAUCCUACAAACAGAGGUACAACCUCAGUUGUCCACAAAAUUACCCAUCAAAGUUUUCAUUUGUGAGGUCGUUUUUCCCACAGUUGUUAUCUGGGAUGAUCUGAAAAAAGAUUGUGUGAUUACAUUGGAAUUCAAUACGCAUGUUUUAUGUGUCCGACUAAGGAGAGAUCGAAUAGUUGUUGUACUUGAAGGUGUCAUCAAAGUGUACACAUUCACGCAGACCCCACAGCAGCUACAUGUAUUUGAAACCCAUGCAAACCCAAAAGGUAAAUACUAACCUAAUUAAUUAUAAAUAAGUUGUUAAUACAUUAUUUUAAAAAUGUUUGUCAUUAAAUUAAUUAUGUUUCUAGGUUUGUGUAUGCUAUGCCCUAAUAGCAACAAUUCUUUAUUAGCAUUUCCUGGACGAAAAAUGGGACAUGUUCAAUUAGUAGAUCUGGCAGACACAGAUAAACCACCUCUUGAUAUUGCUGCACAUGAAACCCUUUUAGGAUGUAUAGCUCUUAACUUACAGGGUACAAGACUGGCUACUGCUUCUGAAAGAGUAAUUUCAAUUUAUAAAUAAUAAUUAUUUAUUGGUAAAUCAAAUUUACAAAGACAAAUUUAAUAACAAAUUAUAUUAUACAUUUAAAUACUUUUAGGGGACAUUAAUUCGAGUAUUUGAUACAAAGUCUGGAAAUAUGUUAUACGAAUUUCGAAGGGGUACCAAUGCAGCUCAAAUUUAUUGGUUAGUGACAUUCCUUUUUUGUUUUAUUUUACAAAAAUAAUAAAAUGUUUAUUAUGUAUUUUAUUAAAGUAUCAAUUUCAAUACGGAUUCAACUAUGAUGUGUGUGGCUAGUGACCAUGGAACCAUACAUAUAUUUGCAUUAGAAGACCAAAGCCUAAAUAAGCAAUCAAGUUUGGCUUCCAAUUUCUUACCAAAAUACUUCAGUUCCAGUUGGAGUUUUUGCAAAUUUCAAGUACCCAAUGGACCACAAUGUAUUUGUGCAUUUGGAACAGAAAACAAUUGCAUUAUAGGUAAUAGUUAUUAUUUUGAUUUACUUUUAUUGUUUUUAUUUUUUUUAAUUCAUAGCAUUAAACUGUUUCAGUAAUUUGUGCUGACGGAAACUACUACAAGUUUGUGUUCAAUCAAAAGGGUGAAUGUUGGAGGGAUAUUUGUGCUCAAUUUCUAGAAAUAACCAAUGAUAGUAACAUUAUUAGUUGAUGGUUUUUAUUAUUAUUAUUUUUUUAUUAUUUUGUUGUUAGAUAUCAUAUUCCAUAUCACUUAUUUCAAGUAUUAUUUUAUUUUAAAAAUGAAAAUGUAAAUAUAAUUAACUAAACAAUUUUUUCCCCUUUAUAUGUAUGAUUUAAAUUGUUAAAAUUGUUAAACGUGAAUAUUAUAUAUCUUAUUGUAUAACAAAC